AUGGCAGGAGAAAAGGCACGUGAGAAGGAUGGCAAGCUGCGCCCCAUGACAACCUCAUGCACGAUGUUUUAUGGGUCCUCCUCCACCAUGGCUCCACCGUCCAAGAACCGGCUGAAGCGCCAGAGCCGGAUUUUCUCCCAAGUCUUGUACCGGACGCUGAGCUACAAGGACCGGAGCUCAACCUCCGCUUCCCCGGCAGCCGGCGAGGAUGACCCGGCCGAGCUCUCCACCCAGCUCUCGGCCCCCGGCGUCCUGAAGAUCUUCGGGGGCAACAUCUGCGCGGGCACCAACUACAAGAGCGUGCUGGCGACGGGCAGCUCGGGCGCGCGGGAACUGGUGAAGGAAGCCCUGGAGCGCUACGGGCUGAGCCAGCUCAGCGCCGGGCAGUACGCCCUGUGCGAUGUCAUCGGGAAGUUUGAGGGCCCCGAGAAACGGUGGCAGACGGAGGGGCUGAGGGUCCUGGGUGACCAUGAGAAGCCGCUGCUCAUCCAGGACCUCUGGAAGCCCAGAGAGGGCUUCUCGCGGCGGCUGGAGCUGCGCAAGAGGGCAGAGGUGGAGGAGUUGGCAGCCAGGGACGUGGACACCACCACCGCAGGUCAGAGCCGGGCACGGGGCAGGGAGAGGGUCUCGGGAGCUGCAACCCCCCCUGAGAUGCCUGCAGGAGAUGCACCCCACACCAGUAGCUUUAUCCCCCUGUCGGCCCCCGACAUCUUACCCCUGCACUGCACCAUCAGGAAGCUCCGACCUUCCCGGCAUCGCUCGGAGGAGAAGCUGGUGCUGGAGCCCAUCGCCGGUGCUGGCAUCUCCGUCAACUUCGCCGAGGUGGCCCGGACAGUCGUGCUGCGGCACGGGGACCUCCUCUCCCUCGGUCUCUACUACCUGCUCCUUUACAAGGACCCCAUGAAGGCGCAGCCGCUGCCGGCGCAGACCCUGCUGAGGCUGCGAGCCCUGCACCCCGCCGUCCCCGAGGGUCCCCCCGUCUGCGGGGCGUGCGGCAGCCUGCUGAAGGAGAGGGACCCCACCGCCAAAAAGCAGGGUCCCUCGCCCGCCAGCGGCCCCAGGGCACCCCGCAGAAAACUGCUGCUGGAGUUCGAGCCGGCAGCCGAGGACGUGCUCCUGCGGCGCAUCAUGACCCUGAUCGAGCCGGGGGGGGACGACCACAAGCUGACCCCCGCCUUCUUGCUCUGCCUCUGCAUCCAGCACUCGGCCACCAGCUUCGAGCCGGGCGACUUCGGGCAGCUGCUGCUCAAAGUGGCCAAAAUGAUCCAGAGGACAGUGUGGGAGCGGACGCGGGAGCUGGCUGAGAAGCAGUCCCAGCACCAGGACCCUGCCACCCUGUCCCGCUUCACCAUCACGGACCUUCUGCCGGACCUGCAGCACAUCCUCUUCUGGAUGGCCAACGCCAUCGAGGUCCUCUACUUCGUCCAGCAGAAAUCGCCCACCUACAUCCAGAGCAUGGAGGAGGAGCUGGAUGUCAGAGGCUCCAAGGAGUCUCUGUUCUCCUCCACCAUCACAGCCAGCGAGGAGGCGAUGACGGUGCUGGAGGAGGUGAUCAUGUACACCUUCCAGCAGUGUGUCUACUACAUCUCCAAGUGUCUGUACGUGUCGCUCCCUGCCCUGCUGGAGUGCAACCCCUUCCAGAACGAGUGCCGGGAGAGCUGGCGGGCGUCCCCACCGCUGCCCGAGGAGCUCCGCAGGGUGGUGCUCAUCUACCAGGCGGUGCUGGACCUGCUCCGCCAGUACGAAGUCCACCCGGAGAUCACCUCCCAGAUGUUCGCCUACCUCUUCUUCUUCUCCAACACCCUGCUCUUCAACCAGCUUCUGGAUAAGGGCUCCUCUCUCGGCUGCUUCCACUGGUCGCAGGGGGUGAAGCUGCGGGCCAGCGUGCGGCUGCUGCUGGAGUGGCUGCGUGGCGCCGGCUUCGAGCAGCUGGCCCAGCAGUUCUUCGCCAAACUCGCCAGCGUGGCCAACCUGCUGGCCAUGCCCGGCUCCCAGCUGGUCCAGAUGACCUGGCCGUCCCUGCGAGCCGAGUUCCCGGCGCUGAGCCCCGCACAGCUCCACCGGGUGCUGAGCCAGUGCCAGGCGGUGAUGGACAUGGGCUGCAUCGCGGCGUGGCAGCCCGGCGAGGAGGACAGCCCGGCCACCUUCCAGCCCGAUGAGAUGCUGGAGUCCUUCGACAACCACCCGCCCAUCAUCCUGCCCAGCGGAGGCUUCAAAGUGGACCUGGAGGUGGAGACGUUGGACGACAACAUCUACCGUCAUCUCCUUUACAUCCGCCACUUCCUCUGGAGCCUGCAGAGCAAGAGCCCUCAUGCCGGCGAGGGGCCAGGCUCAGCACCCCCGAAGGUAGAGGCACGUGCAAUGCCUGAAGUCCUGGAAGUGAGCGAGAACCCGGCUGCUGCCCUGGCGAGCAUCAUCGCCCAGGAGGACUACUGCUCCCUGGGGGGCUGCGCCGAGCCGGAGGCAGAGGGGGACCCCCUGCUCUGCUUGGCCACCAACGGCUGCCCCUGCGAGCACCCCGCCGGCGAGUCCCAGCUCCAGGAGAAGCUCAAGCAGCUGCAGCUGGGCAGGGGUCCGGCCCCCAAGAUCAGCAUGGUGCCCACAGACCCCUCCUGCCUGCUGACGCCACCCACCACCCCCCUGAACUUCGACUCCGGCAGCCCGGAGUCCCCGCAAGGCACCGGCAAGGGGCUGCAGGACCCCCGGAUGAACGGCACCAAGAGCAUCACCCCCGAAGGAUCCUCGCCGACCCCCUACGACUACCCCACGCCAGAGUCUUCCAGCCGCAGCUCUGCCACUGAUGACUUCUGCUAUGUCUUCGUGGUGGAGCUGGAGAGAGGACCCAUCGGGCUGGGGAUGGGGCUGAUUGAUGGCUUGCACACUCCUCUCUGCUCCCCGGGGAUCUACAUCCGCACCCUGAUCGAGGACAGCCCCGCGGCCGCCGACGGCAGGCUCUCCAUCGGGGACCGCAUCCUGGCUGUCAAUGGCACCAGUCUCAUCGGGGCGGACUACCAAAGUGCGGUGGACCUCAUCCGCUCCGGAGGGAAGAAACUGCGGUUCCUUGUUGCCAAGUCGGACAUGGAAAUAGCCAAAAAAAUCAGUUCCAGCUCCUCUUCCUCCUAG